AAUCAAUUGAAAUUUAAAAAGCUGAUUCAUGUUUUCAAAUUAACUAAGAAGCCCUCAACUACUUUUUGUAAUUUUGAAUAAUGAACGGCCAAUCUUGCACAUAUUCUGACUCUGGAAAUGGUACGCCAACGCCUUCAUCCACAAGCUAUCCAGCUAGUUUGUCAUCACAAUCUUCCCGUGAUACAUCCCCCUCCCGUCUUCAACCUAAUCUUAAUCACAUAAAUUCUGAAAAAUCACUUAAUUCAUCUGGUAACUAUAUGAAUUAUAAAUCACACGACACGUAUACAAAUGCAAAUUCUGUUUAUGGGCAAAUAUAUCCAGACUCUAGUGCACCGACUAAUAGGGCUACAGUUCCCCCUUAUAUAAGUGAUACUAGUAACGAUAUUAAUCAGUCACAGAGACUUGGGCAACCGCAGCUCCGACCUUUUACAACUUCAUCUCAAAUAAUUUCUAGUUUAGGUUCUACGGUAUCUAAACCUGUCUAUAGUUCAUCACAUUUAAAUCAGAUAACAAAUGAUCAGAAACAGUUUGGUAAUCAAUAUAGCACACAAAAGUUAGAUAGUGUAAUGCAGCCAAAAGCAUCAGAAAGUAACUUAGUAAAAAAUCAUGAAACUAUGCCUACAUCUAAUUUAGCGAUAUCUGAUUAUUAUCAGGGGUAUACUCAAACGAUGAAUAAUCCCUACAGGCAAGAAAAUGUAUUGCCAAACCAGACUAUGAAGCCUGAACAACAGUAUCAUGCUCAAACUCAAGGGUACCAAGUUCAGAAACCCUUGAUCUCGCCGACCUCAAAUCCGUACAUGAAUUCAGUGCCUCAGGAUAGCCAAAGUUAUCCCCAAUCGCCAGCCGAAGCACCCAGGUCUACCUACCAGCAGGGUUAUUAUCAACCUCCGACCUCUUCAGUGAUGAGUGGAAGACCGCAGAUGAACCUACCUAUGACUCAAUCCAGAUCGCUGGAUGAACCUAUUUCUUCAGGGCCUCCGAGGACUAAUGUCUUAGGAAUUAUUCCUUAUGCCACAGAACCUGCUACAUCACAAGUCGCGAGGCCUAAACUACCUGAUGGAGGAGGGUAUUACCAACCUAUGCAACCGCAGCAACAGCCACAACAAAUUCAGCAGCAGCAACCGCCGCGAGUGGCACCCAGACCCCCAGCGCCAAUUAAGCCUAGAGGCUACCCUCCGCCACCGUAUCAACAGUAUCCAUCGUAUUCCCAGCCUCAGAAUAAUGCUGGGUUACCACCUUACAGUCAAACGAUGAGCGGUGGCUACGCUGGUUACCCGAGCGGGGAUGAACUUGCUAAUCAGAUGUCGCACCUUAGUGUUUCUCAACUUGGUUUUAAUAAAUUAUGGGGAAGGGAUACAGUGGACUUGAUGAAAUGUCGUGAUGUUUUGCCUCCUACGAGAGUUGAAGCUCCUCCAAUUCGUCUUUCUCAGGAGUACUAUGAUUCUACAAAAGUCAGCCCUGAGAUAUUCAGAUGUACGCUGACCAAAAUACCUGAGACGAAAUCCCUUCUUGAUAAAUCUAGGCUUCCUCUUGGUGUACUGAUCCACCCAUUCAAGGACCUAAAUCAAUUGUCAGUGAUCCAGUGUACCGUAAUAGUGAGAUGUAGAGCAUGUAGAACGUAUAUAAAUCCUUUUGUAUUCUUUGUUGACUCAAAACAUUGGAAGUGCAAUCUCUGCUUUAGGGUGAAUGAUUUGCCAGAAGAAUUUCAGUAUGACCCAUUAACGAAGACUUACGGAGACCCUACUAGACGACCUGAAAUAAAAUCUGCUACAAUAGAAUUCAUAGCCCCAUCGGAAUAUAUGGUACGACCACCGCAACCAGCAGCAUAUGUGUUUGUAUUGGAUGUGUCCAGAUUGGCAAUCGAUAGCGGUUAUUUACGCAUUUUUUGCGAUUGCCUCCUCUCCCAGCUGGAGGCGUUGCCGGGUGACUCGAGGACAGCUGUGGCUUUUAUUACGUAUGACUCUGCAGUCCACUACUACAGCCUUGCCGAUACCCAGGCACAACCACAUCAGAUGGUGGUCGUGGAUAUCGAUGAUAUGUUCGUCCCAUGUCCUGAAAACUUACUGGUGAACCUGAGCGAGUGCCUUGGGCUGGUGCGGGACCUUCUGCGGGAGCUGCCUAAUAAGUACAGAGAAUCCUAUGACACGGGCACUGCUGUCGGUCCCGCCUUACAGGCAGCUUACAAAUUAUUGGCCGCAACUGGUGGAAGAGUGACUUUGGUGACGAGCUGCUUGGCAAACAGUGGGCCUGGCAAGCUUCCCUCGCGAGAGGACCCAAACCAGAGGAGCGGGGAAGGCUUGAACCAGUCUCAUCUCAACCCAGUCACCGACUUCUACAAGAAGUUGGCCCUCGACUGCUCCGGUCAGCAGAUAGCCGUCGACCUGUUCGUACUUAACAGUCAGUUUGUCGACCUUGCGUCUCUGACUGGUGUUUCAAGGUUUUCCGGUGGCUGUAUUCACCAUUUCCCUCUGUUCUCAGCUAAGAACCCCCAUCACGUCGAGUCAUUCCAGCGUAGCCUACAGAGGUAUUUGUGUCGUAAGAUUGGCUUUGAAUCUGUCAUGAGGUUGCGUUGCACCAGGGGGUUAUCUAUUCACACAUUCCACGGAAAUUUCUUCGUUCGCUCGACUGACCUGCUUUCCUUGCCGAACGUAAACCCGGAUGCUGGUUUCGGAAUGCAGGUAUCAAUAGAUGAGAAUCUUACUGAUAUACAGACUGUUUGCUUCCAAGCUGCACUUUUGUAUACUUCAAGUAAAGGAGAAAGAAGAAUCCGUGUUCACACCUUGUGCCUUCCAAUAGCUUCUAAUCUUUCAGACGUUUUGCACGGAGCAGACCAGCAAUGUAUUGUGGGUCUUCUGGCCAAAAUGGCUGUCGACAGGUGUCAUCAGUCAUCGUUGAGCGAUGCAAGGGAGGCCUUCGUGAAUGUAGUUGCCGACAUGUUAUCCGCGUUCCGGAUCACCCAAUCUGGAGUAUCGCCUACCUCCCUCAUCGCCCCGACUAGUCUCUCGCUUCUUCCACUCUAUGUACUCGCUUUGCUCAAAUAUAUUGCUUUCCGUGUCGGCCAGAGCACGAGGCUGGAUGAUCGAGUCUUCGCUAUGUGCCAAAUGAAAUCCCUCCCCCCUUCUCAGUUAAUACAAGCCAUAUACCCUGAUCUCUAUCCAAUUUUUAAUAUCAACGAAUUGCCUCUUGUUACAAUUGGAGAAGACCAAGUGGUCCAGCCACCACUGCUUCACCUCUCUGCUGAAAGAAUUGACUCGACCGGAGUUUACUUGAUGGAUGACGGUACUACCAUUAUAAUCUAUGUCGGCCACAACAUUAGUCCAUCAAUAGCUGUGUCGUUCUUCGGGGUCCCAUCGUUUUCAGCCAUUAAUUCAAAUAUGUUUGAACUGCCCGAACUGAACACACCUGAAUCCAAGAAACUAAGAGGGUUCAUCAGUUACUUACAGAACGAGAAGCCAGUAGCUCCGACUGUACUCAUCAUCAGGGAUGAUAGCCAGCAGAGACAUUUAUUCGUCGAAAAGCUAAUAGAAGACAAAACAGAAUCUGGUCAUUCUUAUUAUGAAUUUCUGCAGAGGGUGAAAGUCCUCGUGAAGUAACAAACGGCCGAGAUCUCCUCGAGCAGUACCAACCUACCAAAGACUAUGUCGUGUGUUGACGGGGCAUGGCAGCACAUCUUAUGUCCAUUAUAGAUUUCUAACUUUUUUAUAUUUUCUGCUUCUUAUUCAUCGUAAUGAGAAGUUUUAAUCGAUGUUACAUCAACUACAAAACUUUUAUCCUGUAUAACACAUCAUUUUAUAUAGUAUUAUAUAUAUAAUAUAUAUAUAUAUAUUUAUAUAUGUUUAAAAAUAACUUUGUAAAUGUUUAUAUAAAAAAAAAAUAAGCGGCGAAUGGGACUGCGUAUUAUGACUAAUAUGUACAUAAAUAAAUAGGAAGAAUGAAUUAUUGUAUUGUAAAUGUACUAUUAUUGUAAAAUAUAUUUUGCGGUGUUGUUAGCACUCACCAUUCCUUGGACCGAGGCAAGAAGGGAACAUUGCCGAUGGGGUGCCUUAUAGGUACGAUUGACACAUUAUAUAAACUGUUAAUUUAUCAGUCAUAAUUAAAUUUAUAAAAAAUAAAAUAAAGUGUUUAGCUAAAAUUAAUUUGAAGAGUAAAUAAAAGGCCGAAUACUGCCUGAUAUAGAUAGAAAUGAAAAAAACAAAACAUUGAAAUAUGUGUAAAGAUUUUUUACAAGCGUCAUUUUUAUGAAUUUAGCUGUGAUGCUUUUAUCGUGCACUUCUUCAUUGUAUGUGGGCAUCGUAGAAUGUUAAGCAGUUGGCUUAUUAUUGUUUUGUCAUUUGUUAAUUUUAUUAUUUUUAAUUAUCAUUGGGAUUGAAAUGUACAUAAUGUUAUAAUUUGAAAACUUGCCCAUAUUACAUAUUAAUUUAUUAUAAAAGAUAUAUAUAUAUAUUUAUAGAUAUAUGUGCAUGUUUAUGUGUGUAUACAUUAUGUUUUUGUAUACGUUCGCAAACAUAUUUUGAAGAUAUAGAAAGUUGUUAAAACCUUAUUGGUUUUUUAUUUAUCUUACAAACACAAAUAAAUAGAAAAUAAAUUUGUAGUUGGAUGUUUGUAAGAGUCGUAACUCUCUAUUUCUCUCAAUUAUAUAAUAGACUCUUUAAAAAAAGAUUGUAAAUUUUUAUUGUUUAAUGUACGAUACAAAUUGUUAUGAUAUUAUAGGUUUUUUAGUUAAAGGGUUGAAAUGAAAAUGCAAUUUAUGUAGAAAAUAUACAAUAUAAAAUGAUGUAUUUAAAU